GAAGACGGAACUGUGUCCUUGAACACAAUGUCUGUUAGCGAGGAUGCCAGGUACUUGGCAUAUGGGCUUAGUUCAAGUGGCAGUGAUUGGGUAACCAUCAAAGUAAUGCAUGUUGAGGAUAAGACAGUUGAGCCUGAUACUUUAUCAUGGGUCAAGUUUUCCUCUAUUAACUGGACUCAUGAUAACAAAGGCUUUUUCUAUUGUCGCUAUCCAGCUCCCAAAGAGGGAGAGAACAUAGAUGCUGGGACAGAAACCAAUACAAACCUUUAUCAUGAGCUUUACUAUCAUUUCUUGGGUACGGAUCAAUCAGAAGAUAUUUUAUGCUGGAGAGAUUCUGAAAAUCCAAAGUUCAUGUUUCGGGGCUCUGUUACAGAUGACGGGAAGGUUAGUUUAUAUGUAUGAAUUUAUCUAUAUGUUUUAAAGUACAAUUUAUGGCAUUUUUGUUAGUAUUUAUUCUCCAUUUAUUGGUACUCAGUAGUAUGGGCUAGGGGUGUUCGCGGGGUGGUUUGGUUCGGAUUUUAAUAUUUUUUAAUCCAAUCCAAUUUAAUUGGUUAAUAAAAUUUUUAAACCAAU